AUGGCUGAGCAAUUUGCGGAAUGUAAUUUGAAGGCUUUUUUUGUAUCAAAUGUUGCGGAGCACGUCUUACAUAUGAAAUUAUUUAAGGAGGCGGAAACGGAAGAUGAUGACGAUAAUGAUGCAGUAGCUAUCCGAUCAUUUCCGCGUGGUUUAUGCCAACGGCGAUGUGAUGCUAAAUUUGCCGGACAGCUAAAUACCUGA